AAUAAAAGUGUUGUAAGCGGGGGACUCAAUACUCUUGGAGCCUUGAAUCAACGUCGGACUGAUCCAUUCGGUCCUUUGCUCAUCGCCACGGAACACCUCUCAUUUAACCUCGCUUUAAGAAGAAAAACUAGCAAAGAUGGGUGGUGGAGACUUGAACAUGAAGAAGUCUUGGCAUCCGCUCCUGCUUAAGAAUCAGGAGCGGGUCUGGCUCGAGGAGAAGAAGGCUCUCGAGGAGAAGAAGAAACUUGACCAGCUGCGCAAAGAGAAGGAGGAAGAAAGGCAGCUGCAGGAACUGCAACGUUUACAAGAAGAGCAAACAGGAAAGAGAAAAACUGAGAAGCUAGAAUGGAUGUAUGCGACGCCUGCGACUGGGAUUAAUCAGAACGCAAACGAUUUAGAGGACUACCUGCUGGGUAAAAAGCGGGUUGACAAGAUCUUGACGGCCGAUGAGAACGCACAGCUUGGCGCAUCUCACAAGAACUUCAUCGCCAUUCAGAAUGCUAAUAAUGUUCGAGACAUUGCCGCCAAGAUUCGUGAAGAUCCGUUACUCGCUAUCAAGCAGCAAGAACAGGCUGCAUACCAGGCACUUAUGUCUAACCCCCUCCGUCUUCGUGAAAUGCAGGAACGGAAUGGUAUAAAGCCCAAGAAAGAUAAGAAAGAGAAGAAGCGAGAGCAGAAGGAAAAGAAAGAACGGCUUGCCAAGGAACGGCUGGACCGAUCAAGGUCAAGAAGUCCUGUAGGGGAAUACAAGAGGAAUGAUCGUCGGUACGAUGCUGACGAUGACCGCCAUUAUCGGAGACAAAGCAGAAGUCGUUCCCCUGGCUACCGCAGAGGUCGUAACUCUCUCGACGACGGCGUCCGAACUUGGCCACGCUCGGACGAAUCAGACGACAAUGGCUAUGGGCGUCGCAGAAGUGUCGAGCGUAGUGGCAAACGGAUAGAAGAUGAUAGGAAACGGAGACGCAGUCCUAGUCCUCCGCACCGUAACCCAUACCCGAAGCGUUCACGCUAUAGUCCUCCGAGAUCUGAUUCCCGCCCCGGACCUUCCGCCAAGAAGCAGCUACCCAAUGCCGCGGAAGACCGUGCUGCAAAACUAGCCGCCAUGCAGUCGGGUGCCGCGAACAUGGAGGUGGAGCGGCAGCAGCGGCUCAUGGCACUGCUUGAGAAAGAGAAGGCUAACCUGGAAGCGGAGGAGCGAGCCCGCGCAAAGUCAAAGGGCAUGGGUGGCUUCUUAGGGCAAGAACAGAAGAAGGUCUUUGGUGGCAUAGGUGGUUUAGAAGACAGGCUUAAGCGGGGAAGAGGCGGCCUGGUUGCCGACGCGGACUGAGAUUUCAUCGUGGUUGGUGUAUGUACUUUUGUGUCUUGUAAAUGAUCUGCUAAAUUAUUGUACCCAUACUGUUUACUUGUUUUUUCAAUAGCUUCGCUACUGAG